AGCUCUACUGAGCAAAAACCCUAGCAGAACCCCUGUCUGUCUACUUUCCGCACCAAUAUGUCUUCCAAAAGAGGCGGAGCAUCGGCGGUGGACGGCGGAAUUAUCUCCCGUGUUUCCUCCUCCCUUUCUCAGUCCCCAAUCGUCUACCGCGGCAAGAAAGCGGCUUCCGACUCUGCCUUCGUUGCAAAGAAACUCCUCAAGAGCACCGGAAAGGCCGCCUGGAUCGCCGGAACCACCUUCCUCGUCCUUGUUGUGCCGCUGAUCAUAGAAAUGGACCGCGAGCAGCAGUUCAACGAGCUUGAGAUGCAGCAGGCUAGCCUGCUUGGCGCCACCCCCGCUCCCAAGUAAUUUUGCGUCUCAAUUAAAUUCGCCAUCGUCACUCAGUUUUACAUGGAUCUGAGCAACAGUCACAAUGGCCGAAUUGCUGAAGCAAAACCUUAGUAGAAUUGAAUUUGAAUGUUUUGCUUGUUCUAGUGAAAUUUGGUUAUGGGGAGAUGAAGGAAACUGCUGACUGCGGUGCAAUAUUUGUAUAAAGAUUGGAUUUUUAAGUUCAAUCAAAACCUCUUAAAUCUUGUCA